AUGCUCGCCUCAGACCCGGAUGCAUAUCCCUCGACGAGAGAUCUGUCAGUCGCAGCGACAGACAAGAAGAAGAAGCGACCACCGCGUGGCCGGAAAGCCACGAGUAUGCCCAACGUCCGAGCAAAGCCGAAGAAAGCAUUGCUCCUCGACGAACUGGGUGAUGUCCUGGUAGAGCAGCUCUACGCCCAUCCGAAGCUGGCUGAGCCUCUCAAUGCCCCCGUCGCUGCGGUUGAUCACUUACGCAGCACUCUCGCUGCCAUCAUCACGGCCCCAUCAAGUGCUAGCUCGGGCAGCAGCAGCAGUCGUACGCUGGCCGCAUCCGACGGCACGCCACCCACCAGCGUGGACAGUCGCCCUUCCCAGGAGUCUCCGGCCGCAGUACCGAUCCAGAUCAUCACCACAGCAGCCCCCAGUGGGGAGAAUCUUCGCAGCAAGACCAAGCGCCGACGACAUGCGGAUGUAUUCAGUCUGGACGACUUCUCCACGGUGGCCACCAUCGAGCACCUGACGGCGCAGUACGGUCGAGUGGCGCAUAUGGGCAUCCUCGACCGCAGCUAUCGGUUCUUCGUCAACAAGGCGCGAACGGCUGCUCUGUCUUUCAAAGUGCACAAUUGGGUGGCCGUCGUGGGCGGCGAUCCGCUGUGUGAUACUGAUGCUAUUCCAGAUCUAAUGGAGGAGUUUGCAGCGUACCGCCACCGGCAUCGUUGGGGCAUCGCAUUCAUGGGCGUCAGCGACUCCUUCGUUCGAAGUUAUGCCCAUCCACAGGGCUGGACAACCAUCCGCUUCGGCACCCAGCGUGCAUUGAAUCCACAAACGAACGAUGUUUUGCUCGAACGUGGCGGGAAGCGGAUCACAGUGCAGAACCGACAGUUACUGCAUCCGCACAAGGGCGGAAUCACACUGGGAGUCUACUCACCCGCAACGCACGGUGCCGACACCGAGCUGCAAAGCGCUCUAUUCGCUGUCUACGACGCCUGGCGCUCUGAGCGCAACCGCUCCGCUAUUCCGCAGGCUUUCAUUACGGUGUACGAACUGUUCGCACUGCCCAGCCUCAUGACUUUCGUCUAUACCCGGGGCCCCGACGGCCAUGUCAAUGGAUUCGCCGCUCUCCGCCGACUGGCCGCUGGCGGUUAUCACAUCGAUCCGUGCAUCGCCGCGCCCGGUAGCCCCAAGGGUAUCAGCGACUUGCUCCUCAUCGCCGCCAUGGCUCUCCUCCACCGCACCGGUGUCUCGUAUCUGGGCUUCGGCUUCGAGCCCCUGAACGCUCUCGAUCCAGCCGAGAUCAUCGGUAUGCCUCGUGCAUUCAAUCAUCUCACCUGCGACAUAUAUGACCAUGCGUUUCUUCGUCUUCCCAUCCACGGCAAGAAGGCCUACCACGAUCGAUUCCGCCCUGAUCCACCCCAGGACUCGGGUCUCCACGUUGUUUUUCCUCGAGGCGUUCCCGGCCCAUUUCAUUUACUCGCCAUGGCUCAUAUGUGCAAUAUCAGUCUGCGCAAGGUCGUAUGGGCUGAUGUCCGAGACUUGCUUGUGAAAGAUAGUCGCAAGUCUUCGCAGAAGCCUGUAACCGAUGCGAGUAAGGCUGUUAUUACUAGGGAGGCAUGA